ACAACACCAAGAAGGCAGCGGGAGAGACAUAACAGCGCACUUCUGCGCCAAUCUUCGUUGGGUGUGGACGUCUCUCUCGCCUGAGUAUCAGUGACAAAUUUCCCCCGUUCUCUCUGGGACGCUUGUCCUCAUCUAUUUUACCCGCCGGGCACUCUACAGGAGUGGCACCUGUUCAUCGGCUUACUUCAGCCAGCUCCAUUUUUUCCGCUCUGCGGAUAAUUCUUUAUCGGUCUUUGGUGGGAAGCCGGUUACUGAACUCAGGUUGGCGUCCCUCUCUGCUGGGUCUUGGCAAGGGCGUCCACCGGAUCUAAUUGUAAACUUCAAGUUUCCAUCUCUGUUUACAAAGGAACUUUUGUUCUUUUUCUCUCAUCGCCCAGCCUUAGGCAACAAUUUUUCCUCGUACAAUGGAGAAACCGAGCAGGAUACAGCUUAUGCUGUCAGUGACCCUUAUAAACCCAACAAAGAAAGAAGAAAGAAAGACAACGGCGCAUAUUAUCAGUGGCCCUAUAAACCCUAACAACAACAACAACAGACAUAACAUGACCCAGGAUGGAUGACGGGGAAAUAUUUACCAGACUACAAGCAGCAAGUGUGAGAGUGGCGAGGGAGAGAAGUGUAGAGAGUGUGAGAGAAGUGAGGAAGGAGGUAGAGAAGGUAACUGGUUGUCUCACACACUACAAGGACUACCUUCUCUUCCCUCACAUUAUCAUACUUAAGACUACUCACAAAUGUUCCUGGGAGUUACAAGAGGAGAUAGUUGGAGUCAUUCAUGAAGUUCUCUACCGCUCCACUAUUGAAGACUUGAUAUUUUUCCAAGAAAUAUUCACACAACUCUUCUUUAUUUUGACUGAUAAAACAGAUCCUCAGAAAGUGGGGAAUAUAAGUGAAGAUUGUAAGAAGACAGCCUUGGCAUCAGUCUCUCUACUCGUGCAGAACAGUUCAGAUUCUGUCAGAGAAGAAGUUUAUGCUGAUGCUUUUAGACCACAGCUUGGCCAUGCUAUCUACAUCACCCUCAAGCUAAUACAAGAAGAAAAGAACCGUAGUUUGAAAGAGCCCGAUCUUGCUCUUGAUGCUUGGAGCUACUUCGUCAUGCUGGUGAUGAGAGAUAACUUCCUCAGUAAACAUGUAACUGCUCUGGGGGAGGGAGCCACUGUUGCCAGACUCCACAAACAGCUCUUUGGUGAAAAGGAUCAAGACAGCAAUAAGAAAACACAGUUGCCAUCGAAAGACAACAAGUUUAUGCUUCUCCAACCACAAGAGAAUCUGUCUUCAAAAACUAUAAACAUAGAGAUUACUAGUGAGUGGGUUGACAAGACUGCUGAGAGGGUGUCCCUGCUGGUACAAUCACUGGCAAAACUGGUGACGUACUCUCACUGGAGAGUACGACUUAGUCUGGUGCACUGGGCUCAACAGCUCAUCUGCAACUGUUGCAGAUCUUUAUCAGGAGGUGUAAUUUUGGCAGUUGAAGUAAUAGUGGGAUUACGCAGUGAUGAUAUUGUAGAUGUGGGAAUGGCAGCACAAGAUGCAUUGCUGGCAGUUACUGAAGCACUGGAGAUGAGGAGUCAACACACACACUCACAACAAGGCUUGCUGGAACUGCUGGAAGAACGUGUAUAUGCUCUCUCAACACAACUACCAACAAUCUGCAGGCAGCAAGAUGGUGCCAAGACUUUGACGUGUGUUCGACAGCUUCUGGGAUGCCUCGAAGUUUUAGGAGAGAGACUGACACAGGUGUUGUCAGGGCCCAGUCAUUCUCACCGCUUGUUGCACGCUCUCUCCUUCGCUCUUACCCUUGACACAACUGACUCUGACCUCUUGCUGGAAAGGACCGAUGCUCAAGAUCCGUUUGAACUGUUAAGCAUAAAGCCUUCAUUAGGGAAGUGCUUCAAGCAUUUCCAAGAUGUGAGAAUCAGCGAAGCUCUUGGCACUGCUUGUCACCUCAUAGGCUACCACAGUAACUUAACACUAGUGGUGGAUCUGUGUUUAGACUGCCUACAACAGUCAACUUAUCAUCAAAAGGAAUCACUUCUUAUGCUGACCCUCAUUUUACAAGGAAGAGAUGAACGGAAGUUGAGAGAGAAGGAGCAGCAGAGCAUCCCACAAGAAGAGAGUGAGCAGGUAGUGAAGAAUGUGUUAGAGCUCAUCAUGUGUCAGGAAAUUUUCAACGCACCGCUCUGCGUCAGUGAGCGGUACAAUGUGGACGGCAACAAUGUGGAAGACCUGGGUGCCUCUUUAAUUCCAGUGAACCAACAGAAGAAUCUUUCCAUUGAUUUAGUUAAGAGUAAUGUAGUACUUGUUGCCAUUACUCUGAAUUUAAUAAGUGCGUGUGCUCGUAUGAUGGGCAGGAAUUUUGAUGUGUUUCUAAGCCAAGUUCUGUGCUCUGUAAUGGAGAAAGCUGGUGAACCUAAUGUAUUGGUUGGCCACACUGCUAUCAACACUCUCCAAGAAAUUGCACAGUCAUGUGGGUACAAAAAUGUUGCUGAAUUAAUUGAAAAAAGUGUCCCUCAGUUUUGGUACGCACUCUCCAUGAAGCUUAAAAAGUUGCGGCAGCAUCCCACAGCACCACUUGUUCUUCAGGUCUCUCUGGAAUAUGCUAACAUUGAUGUCAUUGCUUUCAUAGAAGAAUUAGUGGAAGAUGUGCUCACCUGCCUUGACACGUAUCAUAAUGAGCAAGCUUUACCUCUUGUGAGAGUUUUGCACGUCUAUGUUACUGCGGUUGUUAAAUAUGAAUCUAAAACUCAGGCUAUUUGUAAUGAUUUUAAUUCUAGCAAUAUUAGUUGUGGUAUAAAUAACAGUUUUGGUAAAGGAGAAUCUGAAGUGAAACAGGAAGGUACUUUUCAACACUCUGUCUCACAUGAUAAUCGUGGACCUAUUGCUCGAUUUUUAGAGCAGUAUCACAAAGAUCAAAUGACUGUUAAAGAAGGUAUUGAAGACAGUGAUAUUGCAGAUGUAACAGAACAUGCAGUGGACAGUGAUAGAGAAAAUGGUAACAGACCUGAAAGUCAACAGGAUUAUGAAGAUGGAGUAGCAGAGAACGUUCUUGAGGAAGACAAAAAGAAAGUGGUGCCAAAAUAUAUUGAGCUUGUUGUUGUUAUUUUGGAAAGAUGUUCUCACUUGUUAUAUACCCAGGACAGAAAACUGAAGCUUGUUGUAUUGAAAGUAAUUAAGGCUGGCUGUUCAGCUUUAGCUUCCUGGGAAGACCAAAGAUUGCCAGUCAUCCACAAGUUAUGGAAACCAUUAGUGCUCAGGUUAAAAGACUAUGAUUUUGUAGUAAUGGUACUUGCUCUCGAGGUAUUAGCAGCAAUGGUUGUCACCAGCGGGGACUUCCUCCGACAGCGCACUUUGAAAGAAGUGUUCCCACCUCUCCUAUUGUUUCUCAGAAAUCAAGGUCACACGAGCUUAGGGAAGAGCAGAAGAAGUGGCUAUUACAUGACUCCUGCUUAUCGAGCCCAAAUGACAUUAUUACAAACACUGCCAAGUCUUGUUACAUCAUUAACGUUGGAUGUUGUUCAAAUGUCAGAGUUAGUAAAUGUACUGAUGAUAUACUUGAAGACUCGUCAACCAGUUGAUCUAUGUAAUGCUGGGAUUCAUUUGGUGAAGCAGGUGGCACACACUCACCCACAUCAUGUAUGGCUGGCAUUAGCUCAUCAACAAUCACCUAUAAGGAUUAUCCCACCAUCACCAAAUUUAUCAUCAGUUAAGAUUAAUGGUGCUUGUUGUAAAGACCUGCCUCAAGAAGUUGUGGAGUUGUAUCACCAGCUGUGUUAGGGUAUGUGGCUCAGACUCUCACUGAUUUAGAAAUGGAUAGAAUUAUAGAAGGUACACUGUAGUACAGUAGUUGGUGGAAUUUUCUUUAGGAUUGUACAAUUCAAAAUGGUUGACCUGCAUCCAGAUAUUUAAAGAAAAAUAAGUCACAGGGUCUUUGCUGGAACAAUUCACAGAUAACUUGCAGUCAAGAGAUAAAACUUAGAACAAUGCUUUGGUUCAUCCUGGACCACUGUUAGGUCACGUCAAGUUUCAACCUGACAGUGCUUCACGAUGGACUGAAAUGUCAUCAGAAGUUUUCUCUCCUAAUUGUGGUUAUUUGUGAAUUCAUAUACUUACUUAUCCUAAGUGAAUGAGAGCAGCAGUUUUAAGGAGACUUGCCCAUACAUCUUGGCCAAUCCAGAAUUGAUCCCUGGUCAUAUCAGUUGUCAGUCCAAACUCUGUAUGUAAAUAGUUAUCCUUUGUAGACAUGACAUAUUGAUUUACCUCAUUAACAUAAAACAUAGAUUGUAUAAACAAGAAAUGCAGUUUCCUGUUUUAAUAAAUCAGUGUAGCCCAUAGUGGCCUUUUUAUGAAGCAACUUUUUAUUUCACAAGGGAGUCAUUUGUUUUUGCCAGAUAUUGUGACACUGAGACAACAGAACUCCAGCACAUUUGCUACAUAUUGCCUGGAUACUAACCUAACCUAACCUAACAUCAAUGGUCAUGUCCUGCCAAGGUAGUAUGACCUAGAGUGGAAAACAUUCAUUUAACUGCUGUUUUUUUCAAAAGUGUACUGACAUCACAUUUCAGAACAUCACAAAUCAGACUUGGGAAAAUUGUAAGAAUCACAAGUGAUGUGUGUGCUCAUAGGAACUCUGUGUAUAUUCACAGAGACUACCCACUGCCAAAUGUGAACACACUUGUUAUUUUAUUUGUUAUUUUAUUUUCAGUAAACAUAUUGACUCACAAAAUCAAAAUAACAUGAUUGCAUACAAGUCAAGGAACUGGUGGGGGGGGGGGUUGAACCCAUGGUGAAUCCUAAAAUGCACUGGCCUGUUUAAGCGCCCCCUCAUUCUGCGAUUUAUGAAACAUUUUUAUUGGUUUAAGAAAAGCAACCAGCGGUGAAAAAUGAGGCUGGUUACCACAUGAUGUGCUACAUAGUCUCAGUUAAAAUUUCUGCCCCAGAAAAUUAGUGCUAAUUUUCUUAAUUUUUUAACCAUAUCAUCUGUUUCCCACCAUGAUUGUAUGACCAGAAGAAGCAAACAUAUUCACCAUCAUUCCUUCAAUGGUUGUUUUUUUGUGGACAAUGUAGUUCAAAUGACCAUCUGAACUGCAGCAUCCCCACCUCUCCUUCAGCUGGCUGGGAGGACUAGUUCAGUUAACUGAUUUCACUGAAUCCUUUUGUAAAUGUUACAUUGCUCACACUCCAGCACUGUGUCAACAUGUCUUUUCAUUACAGUAUUUUUAUAUAUUUAUCUCAAUGAUAGUUCACUUAUACAUGUUAUAAAUUUUCAUCUUUACAACCCCUUAAUUGGCAGUUUUCAGAACUGUUUUUAAUUUAUGUUUUUAAGAGGUUUCUUGUGGUCCAGUAUUUUAGAUGCUCUUAUAAAAAAUGAUUUGGAAUUGGCAUGUAUUUUGUCUUGAGCAAUGUUUAUUUUUUAUGACACACUGUCUCCCACUGAGCUAAAAUGACCCAAAAAAGAUGAAAUGCCCUCACCAUAAUUCAUUUAGUUACUGUCUUGCCAGAAGCAUGCUGACAUCACAAUUCAGAUGGCAUCUUAUACAGAUGACAUCUUAUACAGAGGGACUUUGAUGACCCUCUUGCAGUGUUUGACAUGAGAAACUUUGCUGAUUUCCCUACUCACAUCUCUGGCUCCUCCCUCAACCCAGUAGUGAUUGAUCUGGCAGAAGGUAUAGUUACUUGUCAACUCCUCAGCUAUGUUGGAUCAUCUGACCACAAAGCUGUUUUUACGACACUGAAGAUCCCAACAGAACGAGGUGAGGAAUCCUCACUCACAACCUGGCUGUGGGACAGGGGAAACUGGCCAGCACUUUGCUCUGAGCUCACAGCCUCUGAUUGGAAUGCUCUUCUAUAUGGUGACGUUGACAACCAAGCAAGUGUCUUCACUGGACACAUCCUUAAUCUUCAACAAGAACACAUCCCUCACUGCCAAUAUGUGAUGAGGCCUACAGAUCACCCUUGGUUUGGCUUUCGUUAUAGAGAGGCUGCUACUUCUAAGUAUGAGGCUUGGUGAAGGUACAAGAGACAUCCCACUACCUAUAACAGGAACCUGCACAGCUAGGCCUGUAGGCAUUUGGGUGAAGUUUGAAAGUAAGCUAUUUCUAAAUGGGAGGCAGACACAAAAAGAAAACUGGCAUCAAGUAGAGUGGACUCCAAAACCUGGUGGUCCUUGGUCAAGGACAGACAAGGUUAUUUGCCUGAUGAGCGUAUUCCACCUCUAAAUCAACAGGAUGGGACG